AUGGCUGCCAAGCUGACUCGCCUCCACAGCCUCAGGGAGCGCCUUGGUGCCACCUUCUCCUCCCACCCCAAUGAGCUCAUUACCACUCUUUGCAGGUAUGUUCACCAGGGCAAGGGCAUGCUUCAGCGCCACCAGCUGCUUGCUGAGUUUGACGAACUGUUCGAAUCCGACAAGGAGAAGUAUGCGCCCUUUGAAGACAUCCUCCGAGCUGCUCAGGAAGCAAUUGUGCUGCCCCCAUGGGUUGCACUUGCCAUCAGGCCCAGGCCUGGUGUCUGGGACUACAUUCGGGUGAAUGUUAGUGAGCUCGCCGUUGAAGAGCUCACUGUUUCUGAGUACUUGGCAUUCAAGGAACAGCUUGUCGAUGAGCAUGCCAGCAGCAAGUUUGUGCUUGAGCUUGAUUUUGAGCCUUUCAAUGCCUCCUUCCCGCGCCCUUCCAUGUCCAAGUCCAUCGGAAACGGGGUGCAGUUCCUUAACCGUCACCUGUCUUCCAAGUUGUUCCAGGACAAGGAGAGCCUCUACCCACUGCUCAACUUCCUGAAAGCCCAUAACUACAAGGGCACGACAAUGAUGUUGAACGACAGAAUUCAGAGCCUUCGCGGUCUCCAGUCGGCCCUUAGGAAGGCAGAAGAGUAUCUAGUUAGCAUUCCUGAAGACACUCCCAGCUCUGAAUUCAACCACAGGUUCCAAGAGCUUGGUUUGGAGAAGGGUUGGGGUGACACCGCAAAGCGUGUACACGACACCAUCCAUUUGCUUCUUGACCUUCUUGAGGCCCCUGAUCCGGCCAGCUUGGAGAAGUUCCUUGGAACCAUUCCAAUGAUGUUCAAUGUUGUCAUCCUGUCUCCCCAUGGAUACUUUGCUCAAUCCAAUGUGUUGGGAUACCCUGAUACCGGUGGCCAGGUUGUGUACAUCUUGGAUCAAGUCCGUGCUUUGGAGAAUGAGAUGCUUCUGAGGAUUAAGCAGCAAGGCCUUGAUAUAACUCCCAAGAUCCUCAUUGUAACCAGGUUGUUGCCUGAUGCUGUUGGAACCACAUGUGGCCAGCGGCUGGAGAAGGUCAUUGGAACUGAGCACACUGACAUUCUCCGUGUUCCAUUCAGAACCGAGAAUGGGAUCCUCCGUAAGUGGAUCUCGCGUUUUGAUGUCUGGCCAUACCUGGAGACAUACACCGAGGAUGUUGCAAACGAACUCAUGAGAGAAAUGCAGACCAAGCCUGAUUUGAUCAUUGGCAACUACAGUGAUGGUAACCUUGUGGCCACUCUGCUUGCCCAUAAAUUGGGAGUUACCCAGUGCACCAUUGCCCAUGCCUUGGAGAAAACCAAGUACCCCAACUCAGACAUCUACUUGGACAAAUUCGACAGCCAGUAUCACUUUUCAUGCCAGUUCACAGCUGACCUGAUUGCCAUGAACCACACUGAUUUCAUCAUCACCAGCACAUUCCAGGAAAUUGCCGGAAGCAAAGAUAGCGUGGGCCAAUACGAGUCUCACAUUGCUUUCACCCUCCCUGAUCUGUACCGGGUUGUCCAUGGGAUUGACGUGUUUGAUCCUAAGUUCAACAUCGUCUCUCCUGGAGCAGACAUGACUGUCUACUUCCCAUACACUGAGACUGACAAGAGGCUCACCGCCUUCCACUCUGAAAUUGAGGAGCUCCUGUACAGCGAUGUUGAGAACGAUGAACACAAAUUUGUGUUGAAGGACAGGAACAAGCCAAUCAUCUUUUCAAUGGCUCGUCUUGACCGUGUGAAGAACAUGACUGGCUUGGUUGAGAUGUACGGCAAGAAUGCACAUCUGAAGGAUUUGGCGAACCUUGUGAUUGUUGCUGGCGACCAUGGCAAGGAGUCCAAGGAUAGGGAGGAGCAGGCUGAGUUCAAGAGGAUGUACAGUCUCAUUGAGGAGUACAAGCUGAAGGGCCAUAUCCGUUGGAUCUCUGCUCAGAUGAACCGUGUUCGCAAUGGUGAGCUGUACCGCUACAUCUGUGACACCAAGGGAGCAUUUGUGCAGCCUGCAUUCUAUGAAGCUUUUGGCCUUACUGUCAUUGAGGCCAUGACAUGUGGUCUGCCGACAAUUGCGACAUGCCACGGUGGCCCUGCUGAAAUCAUUGUGAAUGGGGUGUCUGGUCUGCACAUUGAUCCUUACCACAGUGACAAGGCCGCAGAUAUCUUGGUCAACUUCUUUCAGAAGUGCAGCGAGGAUCCAAGCUACUGGGACAAAAUGUCUGAAGGAGGCCUGAAGAGAAUUUAUGAGAAGUACACCUGGAAGCUGUACUCAGAGAGGCUGAUGACCCUGACCGGUGUGUAUGGAUUCUGGAAGUACGUGAGCAACCUAGAGAGGCGUGAGACUCGCCGUUACCUUGAGAUGUUCUACGCCCUGAAGUACCGCAGCCUGCUGCUGCAGUUCCAUUGGCGGUUGACGGCGAGAACUCCGACAACUAGCCCGGUGCAAUGGGGCAUGAAGAGGCGCAUUCAGCGGGAGGGUGAAGUGUCGGCUGCGUUAUGA